UGAUUACAAGUGGGAUCUCCAAGUUUUUGUUUUUGAAUUAUCUUAUUGCAAAUGUUACAGCAGAUUAAAAACCAAAUCAAAUGAUAAGCGAAGGAUAGUUGAAGCUACUAAAACAUGUCUUCCACGGAGAUAUCACCACUUGUCACCUACGGUUCACUAGCCAUCACAACGCGCUGUGGCGAAAUUUAUUGCUGUGAAAAUCUCAAUAACUUUGUGGUGAAUUGUGAUACUUGCUCACAGCAAUUCAAUUUGCUGAGUUGCACUUUAUUCAUUAAACACAUCAAAAAAUGCAAAACAAUUGCUUAUGGGAACUUCUCAGACCAUAAUAGCGUUCUUCAGGACGACUUCAUAACCAAUGACAUCGAUAGUCUAGCAACGACAGUCGAUCCCUUGACGACUUUUAAAUUGGAAGUAGUUAGGGAUAAAGAUCAGGGUUUCAAUGAGUUGCUAGAGGAGUCUCAAUACUCUGACUUUAUGGAUGAAGACGAAUUACCAAUAGAGAAAAUAAUCCGACGGAAAGAAACUGAAGGAAUAAUCAUCGAAUAUAAAAAACAUCCCAUUUUGUGGGACCCUGAUAUUGCUAGAUCAAGUACCGAUAGCGAGAAAGAGGAACACUAUAGACAAAUCGUAGAAUCAGUUAAUUCUAAAUUUAAAAUGAAUAUAACAUAUUGCGAACUCUAUCAACAAAUUCUUACCAUGAGGACGGAGUAUAGAAAGGUUCUUGAGAGGAAGCAGCGUUUUAACGAUGACAGUACAAAAUUAAACCCAAAACCAUGGUACUUUGAGAAUCUAUCUUUUAUACAAGGUGAUAAUGAUGAUAUCCAGGUGGAAUUGCCAUCGAUGGAUAACACGAACACCAUUACUAUUACCAAACAAGAACCCUAUGACUCUGAGACGUCUUGCUCUGGUGAACAACCCACAGAAAACCCAGGACAAGGUGGAUCUAUGACUAUACAUGACCCAAUAAUUAUAUCGGAACUAUUAACCCAAUACAAGCAAAAUCCAUUAUUGUGGGACCAAUCUGCCCCACAUUACAAUAAUCAAAACGCACGAAAAGAUGCUUACGGCAAAAUAGUUACCUACCUCAAUACAAAAUUCAACAAAAAUAUCACAGAAAGGAUUGUAAAACAGCAACUUUUGAAUCUUCGAAAAAGUUAUAGGAGAGUUCAGAGAAAAAAGAACAGCACCGGUAAUCGACAGCAUUUGUGGUACUUCGAUCAUUUAUCUUUUAUCGAUAAAGAGAUUCCAAUUAAUUAUAAAGAUUGCGGAAGCGAAGACAAGAAUAAGGAAUCAGAUAUUAGUAUGGCUAUAAUUCAAGAAUACAAAAAACACCCUCGAUUGUACAACAACGACCUCUAUCAGAACAACUGCCGUUUUAGUCGGACUGAAAGUUUUAAUAAAAUUCGAAGUUAUAUCAAUUCGAAGUUCAACACAAAUUACACCAAUGCAAUGAUAAGAGUUAAAAUAUGCCGUCUCAGAAGCAGUUACAGACGCAUUUUGAGGUCAAAGGAAGAAUUUGAAAAAAAUCAUGCAAAUUCCAAAGAAAAAUUCCAUCCUCAGUGGAAAUACUUUGAUAAGUUAUCAUUUAUUGGAACGAAAGAUAGUGAUUUCGCUGUAAGACGUAUAAAACCUAACAACAAACAAGGCAAAGAAAACAAGAGCGAACAAGAAGUACCAAUUGAAUAUGAAGAAAGCAGGGACGGAGACGAUGAACAAGCAACUUCAAAUAUCAACAGUGAUCAUAAUGAUGAGAUGGAGACAGUUGACACAUUACAACAAUACGAUGACCAUAAUAUGUCGGUUGAAAGUGAUAAUGAUAAGCCAUAUGAAAAUGAUUACACAAUUGAAUUUCUACCAGAAGAUGAAGGAGAGCAAUUUGAUCAAUUGGAAAAUGUAUCCGUUGAUGGCCCAGAAGAACUCCAAAGUCCGAAAUCUUUUAUCAAAAAUAAGGAAAUUGUAACAGCUGUUAUAGAAGAGUAUCAGAAAUUACCCUGUCUAUGGGAUUUCGCACAGUAUAGCAAUAAUCAAAACUUCCGUAGAGAAGCUUUUCAGCAAUUGACCAAAAACAUCAACGAUAAAUUCAACACAAAGUACAAAUACCAAUUUAUUAGAAAUAAAAUCUUUCAACUGCGUUCUACAUACGAACGCAUGUUAAAAACGAACAACAAAUAUUCUGCUUCCGAGCCAAAGUUGUGGUAUGCUAAAAAGUUGUCAUUUAUCCAAGAAACAGCAAAUCAAGAACAAGACGUAACAGUGUGCGAUGAAGGCAAUGAAAACACGGUUCAAACCGAUAAGUCUGAAGAGGACAAUAUAGAAGAAGUUGAGCUACCAUCGUUUGAUGACACGAAUUCAAUAAUUAUUACAAAACACGAACCUUAUGACUCUGAUACUUCUGGCUGUGUUGAACCCACACAAAAUACAGGACAAGUUGGAUCUAUGACAAUACAUAAUCCAAUUUUAAUAUCGGAACUCAUAGCCCAAUAUAAGCAAUAUGCAUUGUUGUGGGACCAUACCGACCCACUUUACAAUAAUCACAACACACGGAAAGGUGCUUAUUGCAAAAUAGCUGCUUACAUCAAUAUAAAAUUCAACAAACAACUCACAGACACGGAUGUCAAGCAACAAAUUAUAAAUCUUCGAAAAAGUUAUAGGAGAGUUCAGCGAAGAAAACAGAACACAGGAACACAUCGACAGCGUUUGUGGUAUUUCGAUAGUUUAUCCUUUGUCGAUAAGAACGUUCCAAUUAAAAAAAGUGAUUCUGCGAUUAUGGAUUAUGAUGAAAAUUCUACAAUUGAUUAUAAAGUUUGGGCAAACGAGGAUGAUAAAAAAGUAGAAACAAGUACCGAGAAUAGGGGAUCAGAUAUUACUAUGGCUUUAAUUGAGGAAUACAAAAAACACCCUCGCUUGUACAACAACAGCCUCUAUAAGACCAACUGCCGGGUCAGCCGAGCUGAAGGUUUCACAAAAAUUCGAACUAAUAUCAAUAAUAAGUUCAAUACUAGUUACACCAAUGCAGAGAUUAGAGUCAAAAUAUGCCAUCUCAGAAGCAGUUAUCGACGCAUUUUGAGAGCAAAAGAAGAAUUUGAAAAACUUCAUGCAAAUUCCAAGAGGAAAUUCCUUCCUCAAUGGAAAUACUUUCAUAAGUUGUCAUUCAUUGGAACCAAAGAUAGUGAUUUCCCUGUGAGCCGUAUAAAUCCUAACAAGAAACGAGAAAAAAAUAAAAGCAGUGCAGGAGAAGAAGCAAUUGAAUGUGAAGAAAGCAGGGACGGAGACGAAGAAUCACUUGCUAAUUUCAAUAGUGACCAUAACAAUGAGUUGGGGACAGUUAAAGCAUUGCAAGAGUGCCAUGAUUAUAUUUCAGUUGAGAGCGAUAAUGAUGAUGACAACGAUUGCAAGAUUGAAUUUUUAUUGGAAGAUGGAGAACAACCCAAUCAAUUGGAAGAUUCGUCUGAUAAUGGCGAAGAAGAAGUCCAAAGUCCAAAGAAAUCUUUCAUACGAAGUAAGGAACUUGUUACAGCUAUUAUAGAAGAGUAUCAAAAUUUACCCUGUUUAUGGGAUGUCGAACAGUAUACAACCGACAAUAACCUCCGUAGAGAAGCUUUUCAGCAGUUGACCAAAAACAUCAACGAUAAAUUUAACAAAAAGUACAAUUACAAAUACAUUAGAGAUAAAAUUGUUCAACUGCGUUCUUCAUACAAACGAAUGUUAAGAAGGAAAGAAAAAUAUCCCACUUCUGAGCCAAAAUUAUGGUAUGCUAAAAAGUUGUCAUUUAUAGGAGGCAUAGCAAGUCAAGAACAAGAUGUAAAAAUGUGCAAUGAAGGGAAUAGUAGGACGUUUCAAACCGAUGAGUCGGAAGACGAGAAUAUGGAAGAAGUAUUCAAUAGGAAAAAUAAGAUUCUAACACAAAAUAUGGUUUUUGUAAUUAUAGACCUUUAUAAGACAGCACCAAUCUUAUGGGACAACAACAAUCCUUUGCAUGUUCUUCGAACGGAACGAAGAAAAGCAAUUAAAAAACUAACUGAAAUUAUAAAUACGAAAUAUGAAGUUCAACUUACCGUUGAAGACUUUCGAUAUCAUAUAAGAUCUCUACGUGAUACGUAUUAUAGAGCUUUGCGUCAAGAAAAAGCCACAAGGGAAGGCGAUGGUGGGAGUUGUUAUGCACCAAAACCAUUUUUCUUCGAUCGGUUGUCAUUCUUAGAACCAUUUGCUGAUAAAUUUUUAAAAUGGCAUGGAAAUAUAAAAGAGCCUAAUGAAGAUUUCAACUAUCUUGUAGACAACAAGCCUUUAAUGAUUGAAAUUAUUGAAGUUUAUAAGGCAAAUCCUUGUCUGUGGGAUUCAAAGCACAAGGACAAAGAGAAUAGAACAGCUCAUUCAGAAGCCUACGAUAUGAUUAAAAACGCCUUUUUGACGAAUGACUUAACAUUAACCACAGAACAGGUUGUGAAUGUAAUAAGGUUCCUUCAUUCUUCCUAUGCGAAGCAGAAAAAGAUUAACGAUAAGAAUACAGGAAACAAUACAAAAGGCGAUAUUGACUCGCAGAUUUGGUUUUAUGAACAUCUCCAUUUCCUAACAAAAGUACAUAAGAACACUGAUAAAUAUUGCUCGCAUUGUGAUCAAAAUUUCCAUACAUUGGUAGCGUAUGAAAAGCAUAAGAUCGAAAUUGCCGGCGACUUCCCUUAUAAAUGUUCCUUGUGCAACGCUGGGUUUAUUUCGCGUUCGAAAUAUGCAUAUCAUCAAUUUACACACAAGGAGCCGCAUAAAUGCAAACAAUGUGAUUUUCAAGCUUACGACAAACAUAACUUUAAUGUUCACAUGCGACGUCAUAAAGGUAUACAUCCUUUUAAGUGUGCAGAAUGCAGUAAGGGAUUUGUAACGUCUACAGAACUAAAUCGCCAUAUGCGAAUGCACACGGGUGAACGACCCUUCGUUUGUGAUAUAUGCGGCAAGACCUUAACAUCUAAUUCCGAAUUCCGUCAACAUACGAAAAGGCACAAUAACCAACGAGACCACAAGUGUGGUAUGUGUGACAGUGCAUUCUAUACACCCAAGUCGCUGCGCGAUCAUAUGGCAUCACAUUCUACUGAACGCAAACACAUAUGUGACACUUGUGGAGCUGCUUUUAAGAGAAAAAAGACGCUGCUUCAGCAUAAAGCCUUGCACGCUGAGGUAAAGAAACACGAGUGCAAGAUUUGUGGAAAAGCGUUUGCCCAAAAGGCUGGGGUUUACUCUCAUAUGAAAUCACACGGGUUAAUGACUGGAAGUAAAAUGUCCAGCACAGAGAUAUCAUCACUUUUAGCCUAUAAUCCAACGCCCAUCACAACACGCUGUGGCGAGGUUUAUUGCUCCGAAAAUCUCGAUAACUUUAUAAUACACUGUGGAACUUGCUCACAGCAAUUCAAUUUGCUGAGUUGCACUUUAUUUAUUAAACACAUCAAAGAAUGCAAAACAAUGGGUUUUCAAAACAUGGGAGAGCAGAAUAUAGCUUCUCAGGAUAUUUGCAGCUAUACCAUCGAUAAUCUACUCAAAGAUGCCUUAAAAAGCAAUAACAUCGAUAGCGGAGGAACGGGAACAGGACCAGUCGAUCAUCAUAUUGAUCCGCUAUUGGCUCUUAAGUUAGAAAUGGUUAAGGAAAAAGAUGAGCCCCUAGGUUUUAAUGAACCACAACAAGAGGUGGAAUACCUGUCGGACUAUAUGGACGAGGACGAACUGUCAAUUGAAAAAGUAAUCCGCCGAAAGAAAAUAGAAGGUAUCAUAGAUGAAUAUAGGAAACACCCGAUUUUGUGGGAUCCAGGCAUGGCUAGAUCGAGCACGAAUAGUGAAAAGAAGCAACAUUAUAGACAAAUCAGAAAAAUGGUCAAUACUAAGUUCAAAAUGAAUCUGACAUACAAGGAAUUGCACCAACAAAUUAUUAACCUGAGACAGGUUUACAAAAGGGUUCUCAAGCGAAAGCAAAGUUUCGAAAGAUUCUUUACCGAUGGAAGUACAAAAUUCAAUCCAAAGUUAUGGUACUUCGAGAAGCUUUCCUUUAUCCAAGGUUUGAAUGAUGACAUUGAGGUCGAACUACCAUCAUUGGAUGAAUCAAACCCGAACUUAAUUACGAAGCAAGAGCCAUCCGACUGUGAGUCCUCCGAUUCUGGAAACAAACAACCAAUACAACCAUUUGUAAAGCGACCAGAACGCGAUAGUUGCAAGAUAUUAAAUGAUCCACCUAUAAUAUCGGAUCUCAUAGCGCAAUACAAGCAAUAUCCAUUCUUGUGGGAUCAAACAGCUCCUCUUUAUAAUAGCAAAUACGCCCGAAAGGAUGCCUAUCGUAAAAUCACUGCCUACAUUAAUAAUAAAUUCAACAAAAAUGUCACCGACAGAAAUGUUAGACAGCAAAUUGUUAAUCUUCGCAGUGUAUACAGAAGAGUUCAACGGAAAAAACACGAUGCUGAUUAUCGAAUUGUUUUGUGGUAUUAUGAUGAUUUAUCAUUUAUCGAUAGGAAGGCGAAUGAAGAAGAAAAUAAUGUGAUUCCAAUAGAAGUCGAUGUUCCUGAUACCACGAACGACCAGAAAACUUCGGUUUUGGGAUAUCAAGGUGGCGAUAGUGAUAUUGAUGAUAGCAAAGAAACACCUGCUCAAAAAAGAGAAACUGCAAUUGUUUUAGCUAUUAUCGAGGAGUACAAAGAACAUCCGUGCUUAUACAAACCCUAUGAUCAUAAAAACAAUUGUCGUUUUAGUCGAGCUGAUGCUAUAACUGAAGUUCGAACAACUAUUAAUAAUAAGUUCAAUACCAGCUAUACUGAUGCAGAAAUAAAGGCUAGAAUUUCCACACUUCGAAGUAGCUAUAGACGAAUUUUGCGUACUAAGGAAGGAUUUGAAAAGCUUCAUGCCAAUGCCAAUAGAAAAUUCCAUCCCCAAUGGAAAUACUUUGAUAAAUUGUCCUUUAUUGGAACAAAGAAUAGUGACUUCGCUAUGAGACGUAGGAAGCCGAAGAAAAAUCCAGAUGACGACAACAACGAUGAAGUAGAAAUGAAAAUGAAGACGAGAGGAAGAGGAAGAAAAAAACAAGAAGCUAAGAAGUAUGAUACUGAAGAAGAGGAAGAUGAAGAGGAUGAAUCAGAUGAGGAGGAUGAUGAAGAUGGGGACGAUGACGACGGGGAAGGGGAAGAAGAAGAGGAGGAAGAAGAAGAUGAACCACCCCAACAUGAUGAUAGAAUUUCAGCCGAGAGUGAAGAUGGAGAAUCAAAUCAUAACAGUGUUAUUAAAGCAGAAUUCCCACCAGAAACAAGUCAACCGAUUAAAUUUGAGCAUUUAUCCGAUAACGGUGAAGAGGAACGUCAAAAUCCAAAAUCCAUCGUCAAAAACAAAGCACUUCUAACAGCAGUUAUAGAGGAAUAUAAAAAAUUACCCUGUUUAUGGGCUGUCAAACAUUAUACGAAUGACAACACUUAUCGUAGAGAAGCAUUCGAGCAAAUGGCCAAAAAUAUAAACGAUCAAUUCAACACAAGGUACAAUUACAAGGACAUGAGUGCUGAAAUAGUUAAACUGCGUGCUACAUACAAGCGAAUGUUAAAAAAGAAACAAGAAGAUCCAACAUUUGAGCCAAAACUAUGGUAUGCUGAGAAGUUGUCAUUUAUUGAGGGAAAACCACCACCAAUUACACAAGACAAUGGUCAACAACAGGACUUUGCCAUGUGUAACGAAAGCAAUGAAACAUCAUUCACGCAUCAUGCUCAAGAAUCGGAAGAAGAUAAUAUGGAAGAAAUAUUCAAUAAGAAAAACAAGGUUAAUUCCAAAGAUAUGGUUUUCGAAAUCAUUGACCUUUAUAAAACAGCACCUAUCCUCUGGGACACUAAACACCCCUUCCAUAUGCUGCGAACAGAACGCCGAAAAGCAAUUCAACAAAUAACUGAAGUACUUGGGCGUGAGCAUGAUUGUUAUCUAACAGUCGAAGAAUAUCGUUACCAAAUACGUUUCCUACGAGAUUCAUAUUUUAGAGCUUUGCGCCAAGAGAAUGCCGCUAAAAUAGGUGAUAUCGGAAGUUCUUACAUACCAAAACCAUUUUUUUUCGAUCGUUUGUCAUUUUUGGAACCCUUCGCUGAAAAAUUUCCAAUUAUUCCUCAGAAAUUGCACGCCGACGUUACAGAACCCACAGAAGAUUUUACUUAUCUUGUUGAAAAUAGACCUUUAAUGAUUGAUUUCAUUGAAGUGUAUAAGGCUCAUCCUAGUUUAUGGGACUCCAAGGAUAAGGACAAAGACAAUUUAGCCGCUCAUUCAGAGGCCUACGAUAAGAUUAUAAAUACUUUUUUAAAAUACAAUGUUAUAUUAAACAAGGAUCAGGUUUUAACCGCAAUAAGGUUUCUUCUGUUUUCGUAUGUUAAGCAACAAAAAAUCAACGAUAAGAAUUUACCUACUAACACGUCUAGCGAGCCGCAGGUUUGGUUCUAUGAUAAUCUCCUGUUCCUCGGAAAAAUACCUCAGAAUAUGAACAAAUAUUGCUCUCAUUGUGAUCAGCAUUUCCAUACCUUGGCAGCGUAUGAGAAGCAUAGAAUCGAAAUUGCCGGCGAUUACCCGUACAAGUGUUCGGUGUGCAAGGCUGGAUUUGUUUCGCGCUCGAAGUAUGCCUAUCAUCAGAUUACCCACAAAGAGCCGCACAAGUGCGAUCAAUGCGGAUUCCAGGCUUACGAUAAACACAACUUUAAUGUCCACAUGCGCCGUCAUAAGGGCAUACAUCCUUUCAAGUGUCCAGAAUGCGACAAAGGAUUCGUAACAUCCACAGAAAUGAAUCGUCAUAUGCGAAUGCACACGGGCGAACGGCCGUUCAUUUGCGAUGUAUGCGGGAAAACGUUAACAUCCAAUUCCGAAUUCCGACAGCACAUGAAGAGACACAGUAAUCAACGAGAUCACAAGUGUGAUUUGUGUGGCAGUGCAUUUUUUACACCUAAGACGCUGCGCGACCAUAUGGCGUCACAUUCAAAUGAGCGUCAACAUGUGUGUGAAACUUGUGGAGCUGCAUUUAAGAGAAAAAAGACGUUACAUCAGCAUAAGGCAUUGCAUGCUGAGAAAAAGAAACAUGAAUGCAAGAUUUGUGGCAAGAUGUUCGCACAAAAGGCCGGCGUUUACUCCCAUAUGAAAUCACACGGGCUAAUGGCAGGAAGUUAAAUUUAAAAAAUAUAUUAUCAUAUACAUUAUUAUUAUUACCUAGAUUUAAUGUUAGAUUGAAAUUUGUGUUUCUAAUAAAGUACGUACAUAUUUCAAAUAAAUAAUCGGUUUGGUUA